CCGACGCUUAAAUAAUAUACUAACGGUAGUAGUAAAAGCUUAGAAUCUAUAUCGCAAAGAUAUUCUAUGUAUGGUAUAUACAUGCUUCUGGAUGAUUACAAUGCUUAUGAGAUAUAGUGAAUGUGUUAACGUGUAUGUUAUUGUCGAUAACUAAUUUGAGAGUGAAAAAGUUCUUAAAUAACUGUAUGUGGAUUUUAAGUAUAAUAAAAACUUUGCAAAAAUGCAAACAGUGACUGUACGUUCUAGUGAUCCAACAAAUCGAAUGGAAACUGAACAUUUAGCUGAGAAAUACCUCGAAGUAUUCGAUUUAGCUCAAUUAGAAGAUGUAUCAGUUAAACGUGAAGAUCCAAGACCUCAUGUGCGAACACCAAUUCAACCACCUACGGAAGAAUGGGUUCAUCAUCCCGAAGAAAUGACACCUAGACAUCCAAUAAUAAAUCAUCGACAACAAUGGCUAGAAGAUCGUAAAAUACAACCAUUAUCACCACCGCCCAGUGAACCUACGAUGUAUGGUCCACAGCCGGUUUUGGUAAAUAUGGCAUUAGCCGGUGAUCCCGGUACACCACCUGAAACGCCGCCUGUAAGUCAUUCACCAAUAAAUACAGGAUUACGUCCAAGUACCGGUCUUAUGGACGAAAUGAUGUGGCUACCUCAACAAUUACGACAAGAUCAACAACCAUUAGACUUACGACCAUUACAUUGUAUGGGGAGUAAUCCUGGUGUUUCAGAUCCAGAAUGGAUCCGUGAACGGGAAUAUGUACAAAUACAACAUCCAGAUGACAUCCAACAACAAGCACCUUUUCCAUAUCAUCAUAAUAUUCAUAAUCAUCAUUCUGGUUCAUCAAUGCAUGGAUUAAGCUUCCAAUCGAAACCCUUCCAAUCUAGACCAUUAUCCGUUUGUAGUGGCGGUAGUGCAAUGUCUCCAAGGCUAAACAUGAAUGAAAGUGGUUAUUCAACGUGUGCUAGCGAUGAUUUAGGUAUUAGCGAUGAUUUAUUGAUGAAAUUAUCUGUUAGAGAAUUGAAUAAACGAUUGCAUGGUUUUGAUAAAGACGAUGUAAUGCGGCUAAAGCAAAAACGGCGGACGUUAAAAAAUCGUGGGUAUGCACAAAAUUGUCGAAGUAAGCGAUUACAGCAAAAACAAGAUUUAGAGACAACUAAUCGUACAUUACAAGCGGAAUUAAAUCGUUUAAAAUCUGAAUUACAACGAGUUUUACAUGAACGUGAUAUGUUAAAACAACGAUUACAUAUUAGCCAUAAUAAUCGUGGUGGGCCACCACAACCUCCAUUGAAUCAACAACAAAAUGGAGUUGUCCCACAACAAAAUAAUCUUAAUUCAGAUUCACAAAGUUCACCGGAAUUUUAUCUGUGACGGUAUCAUUCGUCGGUCGGUCGACGCUCAUGAAUUUAGUAAAUAGUUUUUAUAUCAAAUUUGGAGACCGAAUAUUACGACGAUAAUGUUGCUAAACAAUUGCCAACACUUUCUUGUGUAAAAGAAUCACAUUCUUCUCUUUUCACAAAAAAAUACCAUAAAUCAAAAUGGUAUGUACAUUUUUUGUUUUUUGUUUUUGAAAAAUACGGUAUACGCUAAUUAAUUAUAGUGUCACGAAUGACCCUUGAAAUGAUCCUUUAGUAUUAUUAAUAUACAUACA